UAUUUCUCAAAUACUCACUCCUAAACUUAUAUGUCUGUUUCUAAUGUGGCUACUGAUUUAAAACACCUUUCCUCACGUAAAUCUCUGCAGCUCAUUUUUAAUAACAGCCCAGUUAACUUCUAACCCAGUCCCUGAUGUGCGGCGUGACCCAGCGUUACAUGAUGGAACAACAAACUCCAGCCUCUGCACAGCCUCGGGAGGGGAUCGGCUGCCGUGUGUGGGACGUCUCUGCGGAGUCGCUCCCCGCGCUGCUCGACUCAGGUUUAGAUGCGUUGGCGUAACGCUGGGCYGGGCAGGUUGUGGCGAGGCGGUGAUGCAGCGCAGAGACAGAAGCUGUGGACACAGGAGCCUAUUCACCCAACGUGUCUGCUCUCCGUCGCAGAGGACACUCACCAAGUCUGUGUUGUGUCACAAGUCUCUGCUGUGAGCUGAGUAAGUGGGUCACCCUGAAAAAGAUCUUACCUGUGUCGAGCCAUCAUGGUCCGUCUGACCGUAGACCUGGUAGCCAGGUCGAAAAACCACUUCCAAAAGAAAAGGGGCCUCUCUUUCCCAGACUACCUCAGGACCCUCACCCACCUCCACUUUUCCAGCCAGAAUAUUGACGACGUUGGAGAUCUUUCCAUGUGUAGGAACCUUACAGUUCUCUACCUGUACGACAACCAGAUAMCUCACAUCCCCAACCUUGGCUUUGCCUCCAACCUGACCCAUCUGUACAUUCAGAACAACAACAUCACUCAGAUAGAUCAUCUGCACGGUCUGCAGAAACUCUCCAAACUGUAUUUAGGUGGGAACAGAAUCACUGUGGUGGAGGGUUUAGAGGAGCUCCACGAGCUCCGAGAGCUUCAUCUGGAGAAGCAGCGGCUGGCACCAGGGGAGAGGUUGCACUUUGACCCCAGGACUCUCCGCUCACUCGCUGAAUCUCUUUGUGUCCUGAUUAUUAAUAACAACAAUGUUGACGAUAUCAGAGCCCUGUCUGUGCUGAAGGAACUCCAACAUUUUUCUGCCAAGGAUAAUAAGUUGCACAGCAUUGAGGAGUUGGAGGACGUGCUCAGCCUCUGGCCUCAGCUGCUCCACUUGGAUCUGAGUGGAAAUCCUGCGUGUAAACAACCAAAGUACCGAGACAGACUUAUUACAGCRUGCACGAGACUCGAGGUUCUUGAUGGAAAGGAAAUUAAUGAGUUAACCAGACAGUUUCUUAUUAACUGGAAAACAUCAAAAGAAGCCAGGAAGAAAAAAAMCAACAAUCGGAUGUUGCCUGGAUCAUUGGUUCCUUAUUUUUUUACAAAUGACUUGAACGGGGGUCAGAAUCCACAUCCUGGUCCCAUCCAGAGCUCCACUAAGCGUGCCGAGGGGGGAGCCACAGCCAUGUGUCAGUACCGCACCUCACUCAAGUCUACCCCGACCUUCUUUAAUUAUUAAAAACCGGACUUAAAAACAAAACGAUGCCGUGUGGAAACAUUCACACAAAGAAUUUAUAUGCGGUGUWAUAAAUUUUGAAAGGGUUAUAGAUCCUUCAGAUCCUGUAAUUAUCAACAAAUUUAGGAAGUGAAUAAACAUUAACUAGCCUCAUAUCAAUUUGUUUUAUUUCCAUUUCUUUUCUUUUUUUUGUCAACUUCUAUAACAUCUCUUUUAUUCAGGAAUUUUAUCUAGAAAUAAAAAUAAAUACACCUUAGCAUUAUUUCUUAAUAAUUAUUAGGGAUCGGCAUUUUAACAAAAACACUCAAAUUUGUCAAAAUUAUUAUUAUUAUAAUUAAAUUYGGCCAUCCCUCAAUAAAAACUAAUGUUUUUUGCUCACGCUUGUUUUUCAGAAAUUAAAUGUUAAUGGAUCUCAUCAGCCAUUAAAAAUUAAAAAUUG